GGACGCUGCCGGUUAUGGAGGGACGAAGGUGAAGUGAUCAGCUCGAGCCCCGAGAACAGGUGACCCCGGCUGCUGACGUCACUUAGGAGGGGGGGGCACCAUGCUCAGAGUCGGGGGGUAUCGUGUCCUGCAGCUGUCAGGACGACGUGUCUGCUCUGCUGCGUUGGUCAGGAGGAUCGUUCCUCACAGCUGUGGCCUCAGGUCACCUGUGCGCUCGGUGUCAGGUGGUGGAGAUGCUGCGACACCUGUUGGUACCGGUUGGUACGGCAGCGCGGUAGACUCUGCGCCGGUGCACCUGGCCGAAGACUUCCUGGUUAACCUGCAGCAAGUGAGCGGUCUGCCGUGGUGGCUGAGCAUCGUGGCCGGCACGCUGUCUGUCAGGACGCUCGUCACUCUGCCGCUCGCCGCCUACCAGAUGGUCAUCAUCUCCAAGGUGGAGUCGCUGCAGUCGGAGAUCUCGGAGCUGGCGAAGAGGCUCCGAUACGAAGUGUCAGUCCGAGCUCGAGAGAAAAACUGGACCGAGAAGCAGAGCCGGUUCCAGUUCCAGAAGAACCUGCGCCGCAUCGUGUCCCAGCUCUACGUCCGGGACAACUGCCACCCGGUCAAAGCCAGUCUGCUGGUCUGGGUCCAGCUGCCCCUCUGGAUCAGCAUCCUGGCCCUCCGGAACCUGAGUCUGGAUCAGUCUGGUCUUGCUUCGGGAGGCGUUUUGUGGUUUUCGGACCUCAGUGAACCGGAUUCUACCUGGACCCUCCCGGUCCUGCUGGGCCUCACCAACCUGCUCAUAGUCCAGGUGUUUUCUCUGCAGCGGUCGAAUCCGUCUCGUCUUCAGAAGUUAAUGACGAACGUGAUCAGAGGAUUCUCAGUGCUGAUGAUUCCCAUCGCUGCCUCCGUCCCCUCGUCCAUGGCCCUGUACUGGUUCUCCUCCAGCCUCGUUGGACUCGUUCAUAAUUUAUUUCUUCGAUCUUCGUUGUUCACAAAAUCUGAACUGAGAAACCAGCGAAGUGAGACUCCGUAUAAGACCUGCUGGCGGCUUCCUGUCCCGACACUCCAAAUAAUACACACAAUACACACCUAG